AUGACUUACCUUUGCCUUGUUUUCUGUUAUUCCUCAGAAAACGAUGACAUUCUUUGGCUGGAUUUUUUCCGGCCGCAGACCCAUCAACAGCCGUCGCACAUCGUCGCACGGACUUUCGUGCGAUGCGAUGCAGCUCGCCAGGGUUCGUCUCGUCGCCAGAGUCAGCAAUCAGUGAGUGCGGGCGCGACAGCGCGGGCCAAGGGGACGAGAAGCCCUGCGGGGGCGGCGACCGCCGAGCGGCUACGGGUGCGGAAGGAGGGCAGCGCGCCGAGGAAAGCGGAGGUACCCGCGCCGGGCGCUGGUCGCGCGAGGGGCGAGCUAGACGCAUUCGAGACGUGGCUGUGCGGCAGGGAGGCGCACAGGGAGAGCGCCAAGGGGGAGAAGGACGGCAGCGGAAGGGGCACAGGCAGACAGCGGGGCGGCCCAGCGCAACCGUCGUCGGCUCCGACGCCCACGGCUCCGCAGAGAGCGGCGCAACCGCGCCAGCAGAAGGUGAGCGGCGGCGACCGCGCGAGCCAGAAGACGGGGCAAUCAGCCCCUGCUGAGAACAAAAGGCCUGCGGAGGGGCGCGCGGCUAGUAGCGCAGCGACGCACUCCGCCUCGAACGCGCAGCAAAACAAAGCUGGCGAAGCCUCGCGCUGCCGUGGCAGCAACGGUUGCCGACCCAGCAGCGAUGGGGCCACCAGCAGCAGCUGCGCCAGCACUGGGUGUACAAAGGUCGGGCCAGAACUGCCCAGGCAAGGUCGGUCUACCGGUGGUGAGGCUCCAUCUCCCCGAACCAAUCGACAGGCUAGGCGCGUUCGCAACUCGUAUGCCUCGCUGGCUGACGUGGCAAUGGCCGGCAUGACGUGGAUUGCGGGGCCAGAGGGGGUUAAGAUCGAGGGAAGCGUGCAGCGGUGGAGGGAGGGCGAGGGGCGGGAGAGGCGCGUGCUGGUGGAGCGCGCCGUCGUGUCGCUGCAGCUCUUCCUGCCGCUCUCGCUCGUCGACCUGUCGCUGCGUGCCAUGUGGCAGGGGAUCAUCAAUAGGUGGCCUGGCUUGUGUGCGAGUUGGGUGGGAGCGGCGGUGCAGGCGGCUUCUGGUGUGGGCUGCUGGUUCUCGCGAUUGAGGGCGUGGUGUGUGGUGCUCGGCGCGCUGCGAGCAUUGCAUCUGCUGCUCUGUGCCGUCAAGCCCAAGCCAUGUGCCGCAUGA